AUGCUUACUCAGGCUGCAGUUCGGAAAAUUGUAAUAAAUGAUCAAUGCGAUAUGGUUGAAAGCUGUGCAACGUACACGCCCCCUAGCAUGUCGGAUGAUACCAAGGUGGCCAAGGAUUCUCUACGUAACACCGAGAACGCAGGAAAAAUCCUGCAGUUGGGGUGGCCACUGGUUCCUUUCCAGGCUAGCGAACGGAAUUCGACCAGAAUUAUCUUCUUUACGCUGGCAGGACGAACGAUAGCCGGUUCUAUGCCUGUCAUAAGCCUGGAUCUCGGAUUCGCAUUGAUUGUCUUCGGAUUCGCAUCAGAGCGAAUCCGAGACGGUAUUGUUCGAUGGCUUCUUGCCACAAGUAUGCCCUACUUCGUUCACCGAUCUUUGUUUUUCUUCCUUUCUGCUUUAUUGGUCUCCGCGACGUCAGCAGUUGUAGAGGUGUCCUUACCUCUCUCUGCACCGUCAACCGCGUCGGAAAUCUCUUCCAGUCUCCUGUCGUUUUCCAUUGAAGGGGAUCGAUGGAUGGAUUGGACUGGAACGACUUCCAGGAAUCAAUUUCUUUACAACGCCUUGGACAACCUGAAAGCUCUGACAGGGGCACCGCCUAACAUCAGAAUUGGAGCUGACAGCGAGGAUCAUACUAAUUUCAAUCCCAACGUCGAGUUUUCAGAAGCGAUAUUUCCUGACUUCACUACGGUCGUUCCCUAUCCGGAAGCUACAAAUCUCACUGUCGGUGACGGCUACUACCAAACGGCCCGCUUCCUUCCGUCUGGAACACAUAUAACAUGGGGCGUCAAUUUUGGGCAGAAAAACCUUACUGCGGCAUUUCUGACGGCACGUUCGAUUGCGAGUGCAUUUUCAUCUUCUGCUAUGAAGGACGCUGGAGUGACUCUUGACUUUGUGGAGAUUGGUAAUGAAGCAGACUGGUAUAUCAACAACGGCGCGCGUCCAUCCAACUGGACUUCCGCUGAUUAUACGCAAGAGUGGACUGAGUUCGCCAAGAACAUUUCCAAGACUGUAGGAAUCUCAUCGACCUCUCAUACGAAAUUUUUCGUUGUUUUUUCGCAGCACGGAUAUGCAGGCGCCUUCAUCGAAGGCAUGGAUGGUCUCCUACAGGACCUGAUGACGAAGGCAAAUAUCCGUGGCAACCUUUCAGCCUUGACCCCAGACAUCGAGGAAACACACAACCGAGGCCUGAAUUACGUCCUUGGAGAAACUAAUAGCUAUGCCAAUCAUGGCGCAAUAAACGUUAGCAACACUGCAGGAGCUGCAUUAUGGUCGUUGGAUUACACUCUAUUCGCGCAACAGUUGGGAAUAUCUCGCGUCUUUUUCCACGAAGGUAUAGGAUACAAAUAUAACUUUAUCCAACCUGUCGAAUUAACCAGAUCCAUCCUCGAUGGAUCUGAGCUCCCGGAACCUGUAGCUCCUCAUGUUCAACCUCUUUACUAUGCCGCAAUCAUCAUUGGAGAGGCCAUAGGUAACUCUGGCCAUACUCAAGUAGCAGAGUUGUCAAUCGACAACUCUCGUAUCUCCGGUUACACCUUUUACGAAGACGGUGUUCUCGCCCGUGCUGUUCUCCUUAAUUCUCAAGCAUAUAUGAAAGAGCAAUCUACCUCCCGUUCGAGUAUUCAUCUCGACCUCGAUUUUUCAGGAGGCGGACAGGUUCCCACGAGUGUUAGGGUCAAAAGGCUCGCCAUUGAUCAUGCUGACGACGAUUCGGGGCUAACCUGGGGAGGACAGACGUACGAGACGGACGAUGCGCGCGCGCAAGGAGAGCUGGAGAUUGAAACUAUUCAGGUUACAUCCGGAUUGGAUAUGGUUGAAACGGAAGCCGUCCUUCUCCUCCUUUGA